UCAAGACAAAAUGCACAUUGCAUAGGACAAAAUGCGCAUUAGUAAUUGAAAAUAUGGCUUUUAAUUUUGGCGAAGAUCACCUUCCAUAGACGAAAAGUAGAAACCGUUUCUACUUUUCGUCGAGCGCUUGACGAUUUAGUUGACGAUUUUUAUUUCCUACUGCGCAUGUGGCGCACCGAAUUUUUAAGACGAUCGUCAUAAAAAUCGUCUUGUGGAGAUCCACCUUAACACAGUCAAAAAAAUCUUACACAACAAUGGCAGCAAAACAGCUAUCAACAAACCAACUACUUGAGCUUGGGGAUGAAAACGCAAGUACGGACGCGACUGGUAAAUGUGAGGAAAAUAAAGAAGUCGGGAAGUUAGCUCGUUCUUUGGGCGACCAGUUGUUCUCGACUCCCGAAGUCAAACGACACCAAAAUGAAAGAGAAAGGUCGAAUCGAACAAGCUGGUUGUCACAAUUUAGAGAAGCUAUUGACGUGACUCUGGUAUGGCUUGAACACAAAGGUCAAAAUAUGAAAGUGGAUGCAAAAAAACGAGAGCAAAUAUUGAGAAGACUGUUUAAUUUAACAAAAAUCGGGAUUAACGCUCGAAUCUUCGUGAUAAUGGAAAUAGUUAGCGCAUUUCUGACAAGCGAUCAAGAUCCGUUUCCAGGAAAGCGUCAAUACAUAGUGCAGUGUUUGGAAGAUGUCAAAGACAACCAGAAAUCCAUUGAGAGUUUAGUCGCAGAUGCGAGCAGGUUGCUUAAAGAAAUGUUGGGUGGUGAAAGCGUCGAUUUCCUAAAGGGCAUGCAGUUUGACAACAUCGUUAGGGAAGCAAAAACGAAGAUUGAUUUGUGUAGCCGGCGAUUGAACGGAGCAGAAAAAGCUAUUAAUGAGCUUGCUGGUAAAAUGAAAACCAUUAAAUGGAGUUUGCGUGGUAUGCGUGGUGCAGGUUUGGCGUUCACUACUUAUUUUCUGUUCAAGCGAUAUCAGGAAUCCAGUCAUUCGUUAUUGGACCUGUUGCAGUUUGGUGGGUUAACCCUGGUCGCAUUUAUCCGGUGUUUUAGGCAAUUUCUGGACACAGAGAGCGUUUUCUACGAGUUUAUUGCAAAACUCGAAUCGCAACACUGCUUGUUGAAGGAGAAACUGGAAAAUUUGCGCAUAAGCUUGACGAGCGCUAAAGAUUUUAGAGAUGGACCAUUGAAAAGUGUAGUAUUUAGCAGUAAAAUAUAACAACCUAUUUAAUUUAAAAACUUUAAGCAAACUAUUCAACUAUGUAUAGAGUUUGCCAACUACUCAUUAAAUAUAAAACCAAUUAAGGUCAGAAUGGCUAUAACUAAGAAGACUGAUGGACAAAUGAAUGACAAGCUGAUGAACAGCGUAGGCAAUAAUAGAAAAAGUUGCAUACAAUUUGUUUCAUUUAUUAUACAGAGAUCGGGAACAAUGGAGAAAGUCAAAUCAUUUCUGACUGGCGACAAAAAUCUGAGCUUUUUCUAAACAUUUUUCAAUGAAAGCACUUAUAAGUUAUUACAUAAUUGCUCAAACUUUCUAAAAUGUUCCUUAAUACACGUUAAUAUUUAUAUAAUGUAA